UUCAACUCUCAAAACAAUCUCCGUCGCCAAUUUCUCUCUAGAAUUUUCUUCUUCCGCCUCCGUGCACAGCGUCGAAUCUCCAAACCCUAAUUUAUAAAUGCAAUUCCGAUCCACAAAUUCUUAUGCUACCUCGAUCUCCUCUUUGGGAGCUUCUAUUCCCUAAUCUUUGAUGUCUUGCUUCGUCUGCGGUUGAGGAUCUCGGAGGACCGGAGUCACGGGAGGUCGCUGAUUUGGAUGAAGCCAUGAGUCGAUUGAUGCUCCCUUUUUCAUCUCCUAAGAAGAAUUCCAAAUCCUUGGAUGUGGCUGAUGCUGCUCCUGCCUAUCAUUUUUCAUCCGCUUGAUUUCCUUCCCUUUCUGGUUCAGCUUAUUCUGCUCUCGAUAGGGUUUCCGAGGAUGCUAUCAAUCAGGUUGAUCAGUUCCUUCGUGAGGCUUUGCAUAACCCUCGGAGCGUCUAUCAAUUUUGCGCAUGGAGCAAGAUGUUGAAAAGUUUAUUCAUGAUCCUGCUUGACAGCAGCUGCCUACUUCAUAUUUACGGUUAGCUGCGCAUCAGAUUGUCCAACAUUACUCGCUGCAAUCCAUGGUUCUAUUGGAUAAUAGUUUACCUGAUGGGUCUGGUUCCAAAAUUAUCGUUUGCGAUACUUCUGAAUGUCGUCUUCCAGCUAUCCGCCUUGCAGAUAUUCCUGUAAAUCUACCAGCAGAGGAAUAUAGUAGCAUAAAGGUUGCUAUUAAACAGAGGCCACAGAAGUGGUCCCAACUAGCAAGAGAUGCAAGUGCAAAUUCAUCAAAAACGAGGGAUUCCAAAAGUGUGGAAGAGAGGAAAGAGGAGUAUAAUAAAGCUCGUGCUCAAAUAUUUAACUCCAGCAGCAAUUCAGGCUGUCAUGCAAGUGAGAAAGUAGAUGCUGAUCCUAGACCACAGGAUAGUUAUCGUGGUUGUUUGAGUGCUGCAAAGGUUGAGGAGAAGAUGAUUCUUGGAGUUCCUGAUAUAAAUUUUAGUAGGGGUUUGAUUGACUGUUCCACGAGUAGCAGUAGAAUAAAUAGAAGGUAGGACUGACCAAGGAGCUGCCUAGUA